AUGAUUCCCCAUCGGACCACGGGUCUAUUGGCAAUCAUUGUUUUCGUCGCGCUUCUCCUCUUCAUCUUCUCGUCCUCUCCCAUCCCUAAUCCAGCCGUUGAAGGAGAGGAAGAAGCCUCGAGGACCGGCAGCUAUGUCCCUCAUCCGAAGCUCCCGUCAUUGAGCAACAUUCAUUUACCAAGCAACGUGCACCUGCCCUCAUUCCGUGCUCCAUCACAUGAAGCUCCGCCCGAGCAAACAAACAGUACCAGCGGCGAGUCUAAAUGGUUCAGCAAUUGGGAAUGGCUGAACCCAUUCUCUUCUGCCAUUACACUUGACGAGAGCCGCUCCGUCCUUCCUCCGUUACCCGAACGCCGGCCGAUAUACACGUACUAUAACCCCAAGUUCAAUCCUAAGAAGCAUUAUGGCAAGGACUUGAAGGAAGAUCAGAAUGCGGACGAGGAGCUCCUUCUCGCCUGGCGCCGAGCUUGGUUCGCGCAAGGAUUUCGACCGAUAGUCUUGACCCCUGGUGAUGCUAUGGAGAACCCAUACUACGAAGUGGUGCAAAAAUUCAAACUCAGUGCUGAAAUGGAGAACGAGGUUUUCCGAUGGUUGGCAUGGGGGCACAUGGGAAGUGGAUUGCUUGCCGACUUUACGUGCUUCCCCAUGGCCCGAUAUGAUGAUGACCUUUUGUCGUACCUGAGGCGGGGUACUCAGCCCGAGUUCAUCACGCGCUUCGAGAACUUCCAAGGUGGUCUCUACUCAGCUGAGAAGCAACGUAUUAUGGACACCAUUGAUGGCGCAGUCAAACAUUUGGACGACCAGACCAAAUCUUUCACGGAUUUGAUGCCUUCCGACAUGUUCAAGGUCGAAAACCCAACCUCUUUGGCAUACUACAAGUCUGGCACCGUCUUAUCCAAAUACCCAGGCGUACAUGAGAAAACUAGCCAGAACCCUGCAAAGGGUCGACUUCAGCUGGUGCAGCUGAUCAACGCGCACCUCCACAACACUUUCCAGAACGCUUACCCUGCUGGUUUGGCAGUACUGAAGCCCUUCCCAAAGUACACCACUGCGUUGGUCGAGCCUGCAUUGCGCUUGGCCAAGGCGCUCAUCCAGUGUCCUGAGUCUCCCAUGGCGGACUCUUGUCCGCCCAACAAUCCAGAAUGCCGUCCCUGCGGCUCCGCCAAGUCGCCUAUGCGUAUCAGCCAGCCCUCCAGCUUCAAGAACACAUCUUUCCUUUUCACCAUUGGCACUCUCCCUCACCCUUACACUCUCAUCAGCUUGCAAAAAGAUUCCGAAGAAGUGAGUACGCGCGACAUCCGUCGUACCACAGACCGUGAUGCCUGGCUGGGCGAUGUGACCAAGGACCAUCUUGGUGAAGAAUUGGGGGGCUCUGUACGGGGCGUUGUUUUCAAGCAGGUUGUGGCGGGAGACCAAGCUGUGUCCAACUCCCUGUGGAUGACAGUCGAAUCUCUGCCUGCGGAGGCGGGUCAAAGCUUGCCGCCCGAACUGCUGGAUGAGUUCGAGUGGCAAUUCGGUUUCAAGAUUCCUCGCGGGGGCGCGAUCGACCCGAACACCGCUGGCGACAAAGAAAGCGUGCAGAACAACAACCCCAGCCAGCAGGGAGUUGGCCGAGAGUAUGAGCUCAUAAAGAAGGCGCGAGAGAUCAUUAUGAGUAAGGAUACCAACCGGAUUGGCAUCAAGGACGUCGCCGAAGCCUGGAAUAUGGCGGAUACCGAAGUCUGGCGAUUCGUGAAAGCGUACCGUGCUCGCAGCGUGGUUGAACAGCACAUUCCCCUCCGGUGGCGUCUGUUUCUUGCUCUCUUAAACAUUAGGAAGGUCUUUGCGUCCCACAUUCAAAAUGGCGCCAGGUGUCGCGGAUACGGAUUCUGGUUCUGGCUCAGGGAGGAGAACGAUAGAAUGGCGGCCAGUCUUCCCCAGUUGACAGAGAAGUGGGAUGAUACCAUUCGCUUCUAUCUCAACGGCACCAAAGUCGCGCUCGACACAGUCAACCCGGAAGUCACACUCUUGGAGUAUUUGCGGGGCAUUGGCUUGACUGGAACCAAGCUUGGAUGCGCCGAAGGAGGCUGUGGUGCGUGCACUGUGGUGGUUUCACAUCUCAAUCAGACCACCAAGAAGAUAUAUCAUUCCUCUGUGAAUGCAUGUCUCGCCCCUUUGGUCAGCGUUGAUGGCAAACAUGUCAUUACGGUUGAGGGAAUCGGAGAUGUGAAGAAUCCUCAUGCAGUGCAACAGCGGAUUGCGGUUGGCAAUGGAAGCCAAUGUGGUUUCUGCACUCCUGGCAUUGUGAUGAGUCUAUACGCUUUGAUACGCAACGAUCCCAAUCCGUCCGAACAAGAUGUUGAAGAAGCAUUCGAUGGCAACCUGUGCCGCUGUACCGGAUACCGCCCCAUUCUCGACGCUGCCCAGAGCUUCAACUCGCGUAAUAACUGUGGAAUGUCCAAAUCAAACGGUGGCUCAGGCUGUUGUAUGGAGAAAAAUGGGGGUGGUGGUUGUUGUAAGGAUACCUCAGCGGGUGACGAAGACAAGAACGCCAUUGAGCCCAAGUUUCCCGCUCCCGACUUCAAGAAAUGGAGCCCCGAUACAGAAUUAAUCUUCCCUGCGGCUUUGAGGAAACACGAUUUCAAACCGCUGGUCUUUGGCAACAAGAGGAAGAAGUGGUAUCGUCCGGUAACUGUGGAGCAGCUCUUGCAGAUCAAGAACAUCCAUCCCGAGGCCAAGUUGAUUGGUGGAAGCACGGAGACGCAGAUUGAGAUCAAGUUCAAGGCGAUGCGCUAUGAAGCGUCGGUCUACGUUGGCGAUAUCCCCGAGCUACGACAAUUCACCUUCCAUGACGAUCAUCUUGAGAUUGGAGCCAAUGUUUCGUUGACUGAUUUGGAGGCUAUUUGCGACCAGGCAGUCGAGAGGUACGGAGUGACUCGUGCACAGCCUUUCAAAGCUAUCAAGAAACAGCUGCACUAUUUUGCUGGACGACAAAUCCGAAACGUCGCGUCUCCGGCCGGUAAUUUGGCUACUGCCUCUCCGAUUUCCGACUUGAACCCAGUCCUUGUGGCAACGAACACCGUUCUGAUCGCCAAAUCCUUGAACGGUGAAAAAGAAAUUCCGAUGACAGAAUUCUUCCAAGGGUACCGUAAAACGGCCUUGGCUCCGGAUGCGAUCAUUGCUAGUCUUCGCAUUCCGGCCGCAAAGGAGAAGGGUGAAUACAUUCGUGCUUAUAAGCAAGCCAAGCGCAAGGACGACGAUAUUGCUAUUGUCAACUCUGCCCUUCGCAUCUCCUUGUCCGAGACCAACGAAGUCACCAGUGUCAACCUUGUGUUCGGUGGUAUGGCGCCGAUGACUGUUUCCGCGAAGAACGCUGAAGCCUUCCUGGUUGGUAAGGACUUCACCAAGCCCGAAACAUUGGAGGGCGUCAUGGCCGGACUGGAGAAGGACUUCGAUCUUCCAUUUGGUGUGCCCGGUGGCAUGGCCACUUACAGGAAAUCGCUAUCAAUGGGCUUCUUUUACCGCUUCUACCAUGAUGUUUUCUCCAACCUCGAAGUUAAGCCUGAGGGUUUGGACCUGGAUGGAAUCGCUGAGAUUGAACGAGCGAUAUCCAUGGGAGAGAAGGACCACGAGGCCUCUGUUGCUUAUCAACAGAAGAUUCUCGGCAAGGCAUCACCCCAUGUUGCAGCUCUGAAACAAUCCACCGGUCAGGCUCAAUACACCGAUGACAUUCCUGUUCAGCAAAACGAGCUUUUUGCAUGCAUGGUUCUUUCCACAAAAGCACAUGCCAAGAUCAUCAGCGUCGACCCAUCAAAGGCAUUGGACAUUCCGGGCGUUGUGGAUUAUGUCGACCACAAUGAUCUGCCCUCUCCCCAAGCAAACUGGUGGGGAGCACCAGUGGCUGAUGAACUUUUCUUCGCCGUCGAUGAAGUCACCACUGCUGGUCAGCCCAUUGGCGUGAUUUUGGCUCACUCUGCCAAGAUUGCUGAAGAGGGUAUGCGGGCUGUCAAAGUUGAGUACGAGGAUUUACCUGCCAUUCUCAGCAUUGAAGAGGCCAUCGAGGCCGAGUCUUUCUAUAAGCAUAACCCCUUCAUCAAGAAUGGCGAUGUCGAUGAGGGCUUCAAACAGGCGGACCACGUCUUUGAAGGCGUCUCGCGCAUGGGUGGCCAAGAACAUUUCUAUCUCGAGACCCAGGCAUGCCUUGCCAUUCCCAAACCGGAGGAUGGUGAGAUGGAAAUUUGGAGUGGUACACAAAACCCAACUGAGACACAAACAUUUAUUGCUCAAGUGACUGGAGUCGCCGCGAACAAAAUUGUGUCUCGUGUGAAGAGACUGGGUGGUGGUUUUGGCGGCAAGGAGUCACGCUCUAUCCAGCUGGCUGGAAUCUGUGCUGUUGCUGCGAACAAGACCAGACGGCCUGUUCGAAGCAUGCUGAAUCGUGAUGAAGAUAUCCUGACAUCCGGUCAGCGUCACCCAUUCAUGUGUAAAUGGAAGGUUGGAGUCACCAAAGAAGGCAAACUUCUCGCCCUGGAUGCCGAUAUCUACUCCAAUGGUGGUCACACCCAAGACUUGUCCGGUGCUGUUCUGGAGCGAAGUUUGUCACACAGUGACGGCGUGUACAAGAUUCCGAAUGUCUUUGUUCGGGGUAAAAUCUGCAAGACAAACACGGUUUCGAACACUGCUUUCCGUGGAUUCGGUGGCCCACAGGGUCUCUUCUUUGCUGAGUGUUAUAUCUCCGAGAUUGCAGACCACCUCAACCUCAAUCCUGAACAUGUUCGUGAGAUCAACAUGUACAAGCCUCUCGAGACCACACAUUUCAACCAGCCCUUGAAGGACUGGCAUGUGCCCUUGAUGUACCAACAAGUCAAAGAAGAGAGCAACUUCGUCGAGCGACGCAAGGCGGUGGAAGAGUAUAAUCGCACACACAAGUGGUCGAAGCGUGGAAUGGCCUUGAUACCCACCAAAUUCGGCAUCUCUUUCACUGCCUUGUUCCUGAAUCAGGCUGGUGCUCUGGUUCACAUCUACCACGAUGGCAGUGUCCUCGUUGCACAUGGUGGUGUUGAAAUGGGCCAAGGCUUGCACACCAAGAUGACGAUGAUCGCUGCCGAAGCCCUCCAGGUACCUCACGAAAGCGUGUUCAUCGCCGAGACAGCCACCAACACUGUCAUCAACACCUCCGCCACAGCAGCAUCAGCCAGCUCCGAUCUUAACGGUUACGCCAUUUUCAAUGCCUGUGAACAAAUCAACGAACGACUCAAGCCCUACCGCGAGAAGUUUGGUCCCGACGCCAAGAUGAGCCAAAUCGCACAUGCCGCCUACUUCGACCGAGUCAACCUCUCCGCGCAGGGCUACUACCGCACUCCUGAGAUCGGGUAUAAAUGGGGUGAAAACACCGGUCAGAUGUUCUUCUACUUUACUCAAGGCGUUACAGCCUCUGAAGUCGAGAUCGACACGUUGACCGGCGACUGGACUGUACUUCGCACCGAUAUCAAGAUGGAUGUUGGCCGCACUAUCAAUCCAGCCAUUGACUAUGGUCAGAUCGAAGGCGCUUACAUCCAAGGUCAAGGCCUCUUCACUACAGAGGAGAGUCUCUGGCACCGCGCGUCAGGACAGAUUUUCACCCGCGGCCCGGGUAACUAUAAGAUCCCUGGAUUCCGCGAUAUUCCACAGAUCUUCAACGUAAGUUUGCUGAAGGAUGUCGAGUGGGAGGAUCUGCGCACAAUUCAGCGGUCGCGUGGUGUUGGUGAGCCUCCUCUUUUCAUGGGAAGUGCUGCUUUCUUCGCGAUUCGCGAUGCGCUCAAUGCUGCGCGGAGGCAGUGGGGUGUGACGGAUGUUUUGAGUUUGGUUAGCCCUGCGACGCCAGAGAGAAUCCGGGUCAGCUGUGCCGACCCUAUUAUUGAGCGGGCAAGGGUUCAGCCCAAGGAGGGCGAGAAGAGCUUCUUUGUCGCUAUUUAG